AUGUCAAAUUGCUCAACGAUCAAAGAAAAGAGAGAGGAAAUACGCAGAGAACAAAAGAGAAAAUGGAAACAAAAACAAAAAUUAUUGAGACCAGCAAAGGAGUUGUCUCAAUCUAUAGCUGCUGUAAAGAAGAGGCAGCAGAGAGAGAGGCUUGCUCGGAAAAAAGAGGAAGAACGUGAAAAAAGACAACAAGCUACAGAAAGAAAGCGGAAAAGUAGGGCAGCCCUUAAGAGUAAACAGAUUCAAGAGAAAUUAAAGAAGGAAGAAAAACGCAAGAAAAACACAGAGAAACAAGACGAUGGCGAGAAAAGAAAAAAAAUACUCACGCAACACAAUCUUCCGCUCACACAAGAGGAACAACAAAUAUUUCAAAAUAAAAUGAGUAAAUCCCGUGCAAUAAGAAAGUUAAAGGAAGUACUUCCUAGGACACCUGUAAAACGUAUUGCAACUGUAAAGGCGUACUUGUCCUCAAAGACAUCACCCACGGUUAAGGAACUACAGCGUAGAAAGGUUGUACCAUCACCGGAAGAACGCAAAGAAUUGAAAAUGAAUGAAUCGGUUAUACAGGAUGUGAAAUCUUUCUUGAAUUCGGUGAAAUUUAGGAGGAGUGAUAAGUCGCGGGAAGUCGUCGACAUUCUAGCUGCAUCUGUAUCAGGACCAUUAGUUCAAAAAUCUAGGGCCAAAGUUGACCUUGCGAGAAAACUCGGAAUGCCAGUUAGAAGGAUCUCAAAGGGUGUUCGAAUCCGACAACGAGUUUUGCAUUCAGAACAAUCAUCCUUUGAGUUUACAAAAAGGAAAACAAGGUCAGAUAAACUAACUGAAGAAGUUCAAAAACAGUAUAUGAUUUUUGGUGUCUACCCGAAAAUUCGCGGCACACUGGAAAUAAAACUGAUGUCAAGCGUGUCCGAAUAG